GCAUUGCUUUGGGCAUGACUCUGAAGACCUACGUCCCUAUGUCUAACCUUGACAAAGAGUACCUCGGUUUCCUGGGAGACAUACUCAUGCAGCUGCUUUCGAUGGUUACCGUUCCUCUUAUUGUUACAAAUGUGUUAACAGGAGUUUCUAGUCUGAGUGUUGGAACCAGCAGAAAAAUCAACAUGCGUGCAAUGACGUACUUUAUCUCAACCACUCUUCUGUCUGUUGCUCUCGGAUUAACGUUGGUUCUGCUGAUCGAGCCCGGGGCCGGUCACAUUCCUGGUAAAGUUCUGACAGACGAUGACGACGACGAAGACGUCUCUUCUCUCUACGCCUUGCUCGAUCUAAUAACGAACAUGGCGCCAAUAAAUCUGGUUCAGGCUAACUUCCAACAGUACAAGACUAUCAAGUCUGGCUUUGACAUGGAGGAAGCCGAUCAAAAUUCUGGCCUGCAAACA